AUGACCGUCAUCAAUAUAUUUGGUAUUCUCAAAGAUGAAAGCAUCGAGAAUGGAAUGAAUAUGAACAAGAUCAUUUUAUUAGCAUUAUUUGCUGUUAUUGUUGCAUGUGUUGCAGCUGAUGGCAACGUGGUUGAUUUGAAGCCAGACACUUUUGAUAGUGUUGUCGAUGGUAGCAAGUCGGUGUUUGUCAAAUUCUAUGCUCCAUGGUGUGGUCAUUGCAAGAAGAUGGCUCCAGACUAUGAGAUCAUUGCCGACACUUUUGCCGGCAGCAAGCAAGUCGUCGUUGCCAAGGUCAACUGUGACGACCACAAGGAACUCUGCUCCAAGCACGGUGUUAACGGAUACCCAACCCUCAAGAUGUACGCCAAGUCAACCACUGCCAAGGACUACAACGGUGGCAGAUCGAUCGACGAGAUCAUCACCUUUAUCAACGGUGCCGCCGGUACCAACGUCCGUGUCAAGAAGGCUGCCUCCAACGUCAUCGACUUGGAUGACUCCAACUUUGAAAAGAUUGCCUUGGACGAAGACAAGCACGUCUUGGUUGAGUUCUAUGCUCCAUGGUGUGGUCACUGCAAGAAGUUGGCUCCAGACUACGAAGUCCUUGCCAACACCUUUGCCAACGACAAGGAUGUCGAAAUCACCAAGGUUGACUGUGACGCCCACAAGGACCUCUGCUCCAAGUACGGUAUCUCUGGUUUCCCAACCCUCAAGUGGUUCCCAAAGAACAACAAGGAAGGUGAAAAGUACGAACAAGGUCGUGAAGUCGAUACCUUUAUCUCUUUUAUCAACAAGAAUGCCGGUACUCUCCGUGUAAAGGGUGGCCGUCUCCUCGCUACCGCCGGUCGUAUCGAAAAGUUGGACGAAAUCGCCGCCAAGUUUGUCGACGCCACCGCCGCCGUCAAGAAGGAAUUGAUCGUCGCUGCCAAGAAGAUCGUCGACACUUUGACCGCUGAAGUCAAGGACCAAGGCAAGCUCUACGUCAAGAUCAUGGAAAACAUCGAAAAGGCCUCUGACUAUGCCACCAAAGAAGUUGCCCGUGUCACCAAGAUCCUCGCUGGUUCCGUUCCAGCCAAGAAACUCGAUGACUUUUCAAAGAAGCUCAAUGUCUUGGAUGCUUUCUCCAAAAAGGAAUAA